AUGGGUGGUGUUGCCCCAAGCUGCUGCUCCAAUGACCACCCACAGGAAAGGCCUGAGAGCAUCAAGGUGGAGGUCGACAAUGCGCUGCCGGCGCCGUGCUUUGAGGAGCUCGAGCGAAGCCCCGCAGACAGCUUGGAGGUGGCGCCGAUGUGGAGUAAGUGGAGCCGAAUGGAGGGCAUGCGCGUCCUGGAGGUUGACCCGGCCAUCCUGCGUGGCAUUCCCCUCAAGGACUCGCUUCGCGCCUUUGGUAGACUCUGGCAUCGCUCCCCGAUCGAUCUCCCGGAGAAGGAACGCUAUUCACUCUACGACCGAUCACUUCCAGUCGAAGGCUUCGACGUGUUCCUCUCGCACACCUGGCUGACCCCUGGCAAGUACAAGGUCCUCAGCCUCAUGUUCCAGGCGGGCUGGCGGCAAAUGCUCUUCUGGCAGGGUCUAUGUGUUUCCAUCGCCUCGGCGUUGUGCAUGCUGGACAUGAUGCCUAUGCCACUGGCACUUCCGCCAAGGUUCGCCUUCGCACCAGACACCACGUAUCCCUACUUCCCCUGGUGCUUCCUCGCCUCCUUUCUGGGAACCUGCCUGGGCGCACUGCUGCUGCCCUACACUCCAGACCGCAAGGGCCGCGGCACCAUGUGCUUCUUCGAUGUCAUCAGCAUCCACCAGGCCGACCAGGAGCUCAUGGAGCGCGGGAUCUACGGCCUCGGGGGCUGCCUACGUGUCGCCCAAGAGCUCCGGGUGCUUUGGUCGGCGCCCUACCUCUCCAGGCUUUGGUGCGUUUUCGAACUGGGCGCCUAUCAAAAGGCGAACCCCAAUGGUCGCAUUGUGCUUACGCCCCUCUACAUCGAAGUGGGAUUCAUGCUUGCUCUGCUUGGGACGUACCUUGCCACGGCCCUCUUCCUGAUGGUCGUCUUUAUGGGUUCGCAAGGGCUUGGCCUCGUCGUUUCGAUUUCGUUUGCCCCGCUCCUGGUACUCGUUCACCUGCUUCGUCGGAACAACAUGGCAAAGCAGAGGCUGAUUUCGGACCUGAAGACCUUCGACCUCGAGCGGGCUUCUUGCCGCACGGACUUCGACCGGAAGUUCAUAACCAGGGCCAUCGUCGAGUUGUACGGAUCUGAAGAGGCCUUCACGCAAUAUGUGCGCGGGCCAUUGCGAGAGGAGAUGCUGGGCAGCCAGUGCCACUUUCCCGCGCAGUAUGUCCUCAUGAUUGGAUUUACCGUCUUUUGUGCUGCUUUGGACAGUUUGGUGGCCUUGUGGCUUGGAGGCAUGGACACCUACUGGCUUUGGUCCGAGUUCAUCGGCUUCGCAGUUGGCUUAUACAUGGGGUGGCUGGUGGCUGCGGUGCAGCUUUUAAUCUCGCUCUGCGACUGGCUAGCGGCUCCCAUCCGCCCGGGCAUCCUGCUGGACUACGCCCAGAGCUUCGUUCUCCUGGUGGUCUUCGCGGGGCUGUUCUACUUCGGGAGGCUCGUAUGCCAAGUCGCAUACAAGAGCAGCCUUUGGUUUGCCCUGGCCUUUGCGGGUGGCUCCCUCUCUUUGGCCGUGCUUGCCUUCUGGAUGGACCGGCGGGAGAGGCGCCGGCGGCAUGGUCUCACGGUUUCCUAG